AUGAGCGAACGUCGCGAUACCAGAGCCAGCAGCACGAGCCCCGCAGCCAUGAGCGGCAUCGACUUAAGUAUUUUCAAUGAUGGCGAGGAAGAUGCGUUCGGGUGGCUGCUGUAUAAUAAUGCGGCAGUCUCUGCGACCGCGAGCACUGAAACAGCUGAGACUGCAAUGUUUAAUCCAGCUGGUAACUUUUCGCGUUCGGACGAUAUCGAGAUAGAUUGCGCGGUUGUUAGAGGCUCAAUCGUAGAAAAAUUACAGGUCCAGGCAGCUAUAUCAUCUACUGCUAAUGUAGCGCAGCCGAAUUUUUGUAUGCCGGGGACCCAAUUCCGUGAAGAUAUAAAGGGCGUGACGUCUGCAUCAAUAAUGCUUCCGAAUGCGCGACAAUUGGACCAUGACAAUUUGAGUGAUAGUGUAAAUUGCAGCGGAGAAAACAAUGGCGUGACGGGCGAAAAUUACUCGAUCAAUACUAAAAAGAAAAGCAAAAGAAGAAGCCGCGUAAUUCGACUACAGAGUACCAAACAAACGAUUCUUCCUCGUAGCCACAACACCAGAGCAAAGUGCACUGCCAAUGCUUCUGUUGUCGCUGAAAGUCAACGACCUUUACAGUACAAAAAAAUUGGUGCAGUUUCGUCGACUACGGAUUGCCACGGACUCGUCAAAGAGCUCGAAAAGAAGCAGAUCCGACGGGUAAAAAACUUAGCAUCUGUAAGAGAGUUCCGUAAGCGUAAAACCAAGCAGCUUGAACAAAAUGAAGCACGCUUACGUCAGCUAGAGGCGGACAAUAUGGAUCUAAAAAUGCGCCUUAAAAUUGGCAAAGAGGCAAUUUUAGGUGAGCAGCGCGAGAAGCAGCAAAUCAAGGAACAAAUGCGACAAAUGCUGCAACAAAAUGCAAAUGAACAAGAAAUUGCUCAAUUUUUAAACAUGUACAAGGUUACAUAUUCAGACUACGGGCCGAAGCGACGCGAGAAGCUGCACUUUCAUUUGUCACGCAUACGAGAGUUACUUCUUCCCACGCAAGUCACAAAGAUGAGUCUGUACUCGGUCGAACAGGGUGUGGAUUUACUGAGGCGUGAUGAUCACGUAAUACAGGAUGACCCACCGUCUGCAUCAGAUUCCACCAUAGGCACGACGAGUCUUUGGAAUAUAUUGGCGGAGGAGUUGGAAGUCUCAUGUGAACAGCAAAGUCAAAUUUUGGAGCGUCGGGUGGCCAUAAAGAAAGUGCGUGACGAUCUGAAUCACACAUUGAGUAUCGUAAAAAAACUAGAAGAAGUGAUCGAUGAGAAGAAUACCGCACUCGAGGCCCAGGUUGCGCAACUACAGCGCAUCCUUACUCCAACUCAGGCUACCAAAUUUAUUAUUUGGGUCAAGGAAAAUCCAGCCUUUAUGUAUAUGCUAGACAAACUAGUAGACUCAACUCUGCACAACAGCUCUAGUAGCAUUGGGGAGUGA